UUGGUUUUGUACGUUUUAAUGUCGGUAGGGGGGGGGGGGGGGGAACACGUGUGUGUUGGGUUUGGCAGAGUUUUUGAUUGGGCACCCGUAGGUAUCUGCCAUGCCCGGGUGGGGGAUGGCGGCACUUGUUCUCCGGACACCAUGACUUGCCCGAAAAAAAAUGCCACCCGUGACCAAGGAAUCGAGCCGGCGUCGGCUGCGUCGCAACCGACGCCUUAGACCGCUCGGCCACUCCGUCCCCCACAACAGAAUUAUAUCCAUAUCAAACUAUGAGGUUAGAAACUAUAAUUUUAUACAUUUACUUAACAUACAUAGAUACUAUAAUAAUUUAAUAUCUGUAUUAAUAAUUAAUAUUACCUUUUCAUGUACACGUGAUGCAGCAAUGAUAAUAGUUAAAAUAAAUAUGACUAGUUAUUAUAGCCAAAAACAAUUCAUAAUUUUUUCUUAAUUGCUAGAGUGAAAUAUUCUACAGCCCACGUUGAUCCUUGUUUUUCAAUAUUUUAUUCUAAAACUUUAUAAUAUGUCUAAAAAAAAUACAGGAUAGAAAGAAUUUUUUUACAAAUUUUUUAAUACAAUUAUUUGAAAUAAAAUACAAAAUUAGAGAUCGAUGCGAGCUGUAGGAAGUCUUCUUCUUUCAGAUAAAAAAAUAGUCAUCAAAAUCCGACAAUUCUACAAAGCUUGAGAGUUAUUCCCGUAAAGUCAUUUUUUUCGAUAUAAUAAACCUUAUCAACCCCCUCUAAAUAGAUAUCAGGUAGUAGAUUAGUGGAAAAGUCUUAUAAUUGAGGUGGCAACUAAAAUAUAAAAUUUAAUUUUCAAAUUUUGUAGAAUUGUGGAAAAUUUGAAAAACUGGCACCGGGACUAUUAUAAGUAAUUGUCAAAUCGAUGUAAUUAUAUUUAUAGAUAUGAUGGACAUAUACACAAGACACCUAUCUCUUGGACCUAAUGAGUGUAAACAAAUUCCAGUCAAGAUAAUAGUAAUAUUCUGACGAUUUUGUAGAGUGUGACAGACUAAUUGUUAUUGACCUAACUAUAAAUAAAUAAUAUUUUCUUAUGAAAUGAUUAUAUUAAUUUAUUUUUCAAUUAUUUCAAUUGUUUGGAAUAUUAAAAGUAAUAACUUAUAUUUGUUUUUGGGUAUAAGAUAGUUCACUUCCAUAUUUAGUAUCGAAAAAACAUUUUUUCAAAAUGACGGAUGCUUAUAAAAUAACUCUGAGAAAUAUUUUAUAUUUGUGCAAGUUUAUUGGCAUCAUUAACAUGUCAUACAUAUUAGAAUCUGAUGGAUUAUUAAUUCAUAGUACAAAAACAAUAUAUAAAUGUCUUGAAUUCACACGAAUAAUUAUGUUUAUCAUAUUCACUUACUUUAUACACAUAAAUAUCAUUUUUAUUGAAAAAAUAUAUUUGUUCAAAUUUUGGUCCGUCAUUAUUGCAUCAAGAAUAUCAGAAACAUGGGUGAUACAGUAAGAUAUAUACCAGUCAUACCUAUCAAUAAACUGCAAAAUUAAAAAUAAUUUAUUUUUAAAUUUGUAUAUCUGAUUUUUACUCAAUUAGCUAAAAUUUGUAAUUUUUUUAAAUGUCAACAAUUUUUGAAGUCAGAAUUAUACGUUUAAAAAGUAAUAACUUUCAAAAAUAUAUAUAUAUAUUUUAACAAAUACCCAUUAUUAAUUAGAAAUACUUUAAAAAAGUUUAUACUUUGAGAUUCUGAGCGGAGUGAAACAAUGUAUUAGAUUCUGAGCGAAGCGAUGAAUGUAUUGAUUUUACAAUGAUGUGUGUUUUUUUUUUAUUUUUUUUUUUUAUUUUUGUGUCAUCACCUUUUAGGACAGUAAAAGUGCUUGGAUUUUCUUCAACAGUAACUUUUCUGAUAGGAAAGUGAAUCUAGUUGGUACUAUGGGGGGUCAAAAGUAAAAUUUUCCCAGUAGUUUUCAAAAGCGACGUGAAAAACAAAAGAAAAAUUAAGGAAAAACAGGAAUUUUUACGCAAAAUCUGUUUUCGAGAAAAUCGAUUUUGGUUUUUUGUGUAACUCUAAAACAAAUGACCGUAGAGACAUGAAAUUUUGACUGAAUGUUUAUAAUUGCAUUUCAUAUACACCAUAACAUUUUCCAAAUAUUUUGACUCUUUUUGAGCUGUUUACGGACAUUGUCAGUUUUCAAUUUUUUUAGUUUUUUUUUCUAUAAAUAUCAAUAUAAUUUUAUUUGUUGGGUAAAAAAGAAUGAAAAAUUAAUAUAAGGCUCCUGAUAUAUCGUUCUAAUAGCAGUUGAAAAAUAUUAAAAAUACAUAGGCACAAUUUACAUAAGUAUUUAAAGUUCAAAUUUUGACAACAUUUAUCAAAGUUAUAAUUUAUUAAUUAUUUUGUAGUUAAAAAUGUAUAAAAAGUUUAACUUUUAUGGCUAAGGAUUGAAAAUUUAAAACAAGGCUCCACGUAAAUAGGUUAUAUAUAAAUUACUUUAUUCACAAUAAUAUCAUCAAAUAUACUUAUUUCAUAGGCUCCUAUCAUAGGCUGACUGACCGUUUUCGCUCAGAAUCGUUUUUCUUAUAUAAUGAUAUUAUAUCAUUGAAUUCAAAUUUAACACCAUCCAUUACAGUGACCCACUUGUAACCUACUGUACAGCAGAGCGACAUCCACUUAACCACCUUUUUGAUUAUACGAUGAUGGGUGUUUUUUUUCUGUCUGUCAGCAUUAUUUUGGAUAAUAAAAAUGCUCCGAUUUUUGAGAUAAGCAUAUUUUAUGAUAGGAAAGUGAAUCUAGUUGGUACUUUUGGAAGGUCAAAAUUGAAAGUUCCGUGUAGUUUUAGAAAGCAUCAAGAAAACAACAAAAUUUUUUAUGCAAAACCAAUUACUAUAAUAUUUUAAGUGAUUUAUAUAUAUAAGCUUGUAUAUUUGUAGGAUACCAUUUAUGUGUUAAAUACUUAAGAGUAAAGUUUAUUGUAGUAACGUUCUCGUUUUGUUUUUUGUAGAUUGAUGAAUGGCGUUAUUGAGUACGACCAAAAAGUAACAUCAUUUCCAAGAUUUUUAUUUAUUCGCCAGCAUUCACAUAAAACAAAUUAUUGGAACAUAAUUUUCAUUUCUACGUUAAUUUAUUAUAUUGCGAUAACAUUAAUAUUUGUGUACUUAUGGCCACCUGAAACUAUUAACAUCACAACGAUCUCUGUGUAUUUUUUUCGAUUAGAAUUCUUUGUGGACUUCGCAGUAAUUUUUUCCUCGUAUUUUUUCCUACAAGAAUUGGAGUUUAGAUUCCAAACAUUGAAUGAUUCUUGGGAAUAUCUUUUACCCGGAUUUUCAGCCAUCCCUGAGGAAUUGACACAUUCCAUAACAGAAAUGACGCUGGAUAAAAUACGGUUGUUACACGCUGAACUAUCGGACUUGUUAAGAAUAUUCAGUGUGGGUUUCGGAAAAAUACUUUUAGGUUUCUUUGUAUUUAGCUAUAUUAAUAUACUAAUUUCUUUUUUUUUUCUAUUCAUUUUAAUUAUACGUUAAGACGAGAAUUCGUUUUUAUAAAUUUUCUAAGAAAUUUAGUACCAUAUGUUUUCAACCUACAAAAUGUAAUAUUUAUUUUAUUCAUUACCAUUGCUGCAUCACGUGUACAUGAAAAGAAACGGAAGAUGAUUUCACAUUUACGAUUAUUAAGGAUUUCAAAUUUAUCGGCAAACCUAAAAAUUCAAGUUAAAUUGUUUUUGAACCAAAUAUCAGUUUUUGAAUCAAGCGAAAUAACAGCUUUUGGAAUCUUCAGUAUAAAUCUAAAUCUGGUUACAUCAAAAAGGAAGAUGAUAUCAUAUUUAAGAUUGAUAAAGAUUUCAAAUUUAUCGGCAAACCUAAAAACACAAGUUAAAUUUUUUAUGAACCAAAUAUCAGUUUUUGAAUCAAGCGAACUCACAGCAUUUGGAAUAUUCAAUAUAAAUUUAAAUCUUGUUGUAUCGAUACUAAUAUUACUUGUUACUGGUUUAAUAACAAUAAUACAAAUGAAGGAACAUCCAAUUUUGUUGCAAUCAAAAGAAAAUUUAAAGAAGUUUAUGCAAAGUAUAAGUAAAGAAAAACUUAUAUAA